AUGGCCGCGGCGCUCGCCUCCUCCCGCUGCUGCCGCCGCCCUUCGCUUCUUACCACUGAUCGCCGCCGAAGCUCCGUCGCCCGGUGUGCGCUCUCCGGGCAGCCCGGUGCAUGCAGCUCCCGCUUGGGCAGGGUCUGGAGAAGGGUCCGACCACUUGCAAAAGGAAACUCAUUUAGCUGGAAAGAAUGUGCAAUUUCUGUAGCAUUGUCUGUUGGAUUAAUUAGUGUCCCACCAACAUUUGGAUGGUCGGCCCAUGCAUAUCCUCUCGAACCUGUAAUUCCUGAUAUUUCAGUUCUUAUUUCUGGACCUCCCAUUAAAGAUCCAGGUGCUUUGUUGAGAUAUGCUUUGCCCAUAGAUAAUAAAGCUAUUCGUGAAGUUCAAAAACCGCUAGAGGAUAUUACCGAUAGUCUCAAAGUUUCUGGUGUUAGAGCGUUGGAUUCAGUUGAAAGAAAUGUGAGGCAGGCCUCAAGAGCGCUGACUAAUGGUAGGAGUUUAAUACUUUCGGGUCUUGCUGAAUCAAAGAGAGCAAACGGAGAAAAAACAUUGGAUAAAUUAGCUGUUGGACUUGAAGAGCUUCAACGAAUUAUUGAGGAUAGAAACAGGAAUGCGGUAGCUCCAAAGCAGAAAGAGCUUCUCAAUUAUGUUGGAACUGUAGAAGAAGAUAUGGUCGAUGGCUUCCCCUAUGAAGUACCAGAAGAAUACAACAACAUGCCUCUUCUUAAAGGAAGAGCUACUGUGGAUAUGACGGUUAAGAUUAAAGAUAAUCCAAACGUAGAAGAUUGUGUAUUUCGGAUAGUUCUGGAUGGAUAUAAUGCUCCUGUGACUUCUGGGAACUUCGUAGAUCUGGUGGAACGGAAGUUCUAUGAUGGCAUGGAAAUCCAAAGAGCUGAUGGUUUUGUUGUUCAGACGGGAGAUCCCGAGGGACCAGCCGAGGGUUUUAUUGAUCCCGGUACUGGCAAGAGUCGUACCAUACCUCUUGAGAUAAUGGUUGAUGGUGACAAGGCGCCUAUAUAUGGCGAAACACUUGAGGAACUUGGUCUUUACAAGGCUCAAACAAAGCUUCCUUUUAAUGCAUUUGGAACGAUGGCAAUGGCUAGAGAAGAAUUUGAUGACAACUCCGCUUCUAGUCAAGUCUUCUGGCUCUUGAAAGAAAGUGAGCUGACGCCAAGCAAUUCCAAUAUAUUGGAUGGGCGGUAUUCGGUGUUUGGAUAUGUAACCGAAAAUGAGGAUUUCUUGGCUGAUCUCAAGGUUGGGGACGUUAUUGAAUCAAUCCAGGUUGUCUCAGGCCUAGACAAUCUUGUCAACCCGAGCUACAAGAUUUUAGGGUAG